GUUUGCGGAUUCAAUAGACAGGGAAGCGAUGGGCAAAACUGUCAGGACGGCUCUGCCUCAAGAGGUGCAAGAAGAUUGCUCAACUGUGGAAAUCAAAGACGUCAAUAUAGUCGAUCUGUCGAUAUUAGGAAGCGUGAACUCAUCGAGUAGUAGUAGUAUGUCUCUUGUGGAGUUCGUUGGAGUUCAUCGUGGAGCGCCGUCAAGGUCAACAUCUUCUGGAGGAACUACAAUACGAAGUGGAGCUUCUUCUUCCUCACAAUCACUUUUCUUGGAUCAGGGGGAUAGCAGUCCUGAUAGCAUCGCAGAUGAAGAAGCUUUACAAGGAAUAGCAGAAGCAGAUCUACUUCAGAGAUCGAAAGCGAUGUCUUUGACAUCGAGAGGUGAAAGCUUCUUAGUAGAGGAUGAUACAUUGCUGAGACGCGAGGAGCCAAGGAGAAGGUUAGGCACAGGCCAAAUGGAGGAGCAGGAUCACGUGGACUCCUCUUUAUCUCCAUCAUCACCUUCAUCAACAUCAACGCGAACGCCUCCUACUUCAAAUACGAAACGUUCGGCAAUACGCCAGAAUGUUUUUGAUGACGAGCAUCCAGAAUUUCGAGACUUAAGAAAAGAACAACCACACGAGGAGCAACUACAAGGGCAACAGCUGCAGCAACAAGAGCAAGAACUAAGGCAGCUUGUCCUCAAAAUGGUUCGUACUCCUGUCGGCUCCGCAGCACGACAUGCACAGGCACGCGAACAUUACAGGGUACAUCGAGGGAAUGAGAUCGCAGGAUCACGCGGUAACAAUCAUGGAAUCCUCAGACCUGCAUAUGGAUUGGGGUCAGAGAUAUUGAACUUUCCUCGAAGUAGCGACGAUGAGGAUGAAGAUGAGCAUGGUGAGCGCGCCAUUGCAAAGAUGACAAAUAAACAGUGGUCAUCAGAGUCACGACAUCAGGAGGUGUUGGCUGCAGCGUCUAGUCUGUUUGUAAGCGGAGAAAAGGAUGAAGCAUUGCGGUCGUCCUCUUCGCGAGUAGACAAGAGGCCCACGACAACUGCUCCCGCUUCAGCAUUAUUAUCUUCACCGACAAAAAAUUCCAGUGGUCCCUCCUAUGCCGUUGCAAUCACCUUCAAGAUCGUCCUGAAGACUCAAGCUGGCCUUACUCAGGCCAAAAAUAGCCAUUUUCCUACUGGCGCAACUCAAAGCGCUAUGGUGGACAACAUCGCACGAGAUGCGAAUACGGAACUAAAAGAACAGCCUGUCAUAGCUGCCAAGCUCGCGCCUACGAUAUAUAAAGACGAAAAGACGAAACUGGUUCCGAAAGUUAGGGCUAAUAUUGAAGAGGGCAACCCAUCUCCAACGGCUGUGAUGAGUAAAAUGAGGCUGUUCUAAGUGAUCAGUGAUAGUACUUGAAAACAGCGGAGGGCUGUUCUAAGAGAAGAUGGACUCCUGCUUGCCGGUACAACCUCUAAGAAAGGGAACAGCUCAAUGGGGAACUUUUCCAAUGAUACGGGUGCAAUAUCUGAUGACGAUGAUUACGUGGCCAGUUACGAGGCAGCAGCUGCAGCAGAAGCUGCGAGUCACACGAAUUCGACGAAAAUCCUAUUAAUGGGAAUUGCGGCUUUAUGAUCUGGCUUCCAUACUCAUACAAAUACAGCGAUUCGGAUGUUGGAGAUCUUUGGCUGGAGUCUGAGUUCUUACAGUUGGAAGUUUCAUUUGAUUAUGUAAUUACAACCGUGUCGUCUACUUGCACUUGCAGUUGUAGCUGGUAAAAAUGAUAGCGAUACAAACUACACUUCUAAGUGUUUCAAAAAGUAGUUUCUUAUGAACAUCUUGUCUCACGCGUCUCUCGCACAUGAUUCAAUUACCCCUCUUCUAAACCCCGUUAUCGGUUUCGUUGGUUUGGUUUACUAUUUGAACUUGAACGAUUACGAUGUUUCUGCUGGCGAACGGGAAGAGGAGGACGAAAGGCGCAAAAAGGAGUAUAGGGAGAAGAUGCAGCACGUCAACACUACUGCGAAACGUGAGAAGAAAGAGAAGAAGAAAUUAUGAUGCCGGCGAUGUACUCUUUGUCCUUGCUGCCUACAACAAUGUGAUUGUCACUUGGAGGGAUCAUUGUUCAUUUUUUUUCAUGCUCGGUCGUGUGCAUUAUGAUCCGUCACCAAGAUCUAAAUGAUCGCACCACCAUUUAUUCCGAUCAAUCCAUCUACUUCUAAAACACCGAAAGUCUUCAUCAGACGAUUCUUCUUCCGACGACGAGGACAGUGAUGAGGAGAGCAGUGACGCAAAUGAGAUGAGUUCUGAAAUGGACCCGCAUAGUGAAAGCAAUGCGUCACCAUCAUCCUCCGCAGUCGACGAAUCCUCCAGUGCCGCUGAAUCGGGUUCCAGUAAUGCUGGUGUACCUGUCAGUGCAAGAGGAAAAGAGAAACCGAAAGGACAAAAAGAAAAAGAAAAUGAUAAGAAGCCACUUCCGGAAGGAGAGGCAACCGGGCCAGUUGGAAGUAGUAUGAUGAUAGGAGGUGGAGGAAGCAUGAUUGGCGGCGCUGGAGGCAAUAUGAUGGGAGGAGGCGGCGAAGGAGGUCCCAAAGGAAGCAUGAUAACAGGUGCAGGUGCUACUAGCAUGGUAGGUGGAAGUAGCUCGAUAGCCUCAGGCGGCAGUGCGAUAGGAGGAGGCGGAAUUAUCGGCACUUUAGUG